AUGGCGGAACCAAUGUUGGAGGCAGUGCGCAGUCCAGUUUUUAUUCUAUUCUUCGUCAUUGGUCGAAAGCUUGUGGCUGCAUCAAGAACGGAUGCUGAGCCACGACUGACCCGUUUCAGGACAGUCUGGAUUAGUCCCUGGUGGUCUCGUGAUGUCAGUGAAAAUCUUCAUCCAGAGCUGCAGCAGUCUGUGUCCCGUCACAUCAAAGAGGAAGCGCAGGAAGAAAUCAUCCAUGUUCCAUCAACUGGUGUCCAUUUGAAGAGUAAAUAUGAAGGGCAAAGUGAGGAGAGACAAGGGGCAGAGCUUCCAAGUAAGAACAGCUCAAGUGAUGGAGACCUUUGUGAAAGAUCACAAACAGACGGUCAUGAUGAUGAUGAUCAUGAACAGUCGGAAGAAACCGUUUGCCUGUGCAAUUUGUGGUCAAAGAUUCACUCGGAAAGAGCAGUUAAAAUACACACAAGGACACACACUGGUGAGAAACCUUUUUCCAUCGCAGUUUGUGAUAAACAAUUCACUGAGAAGGGACAGUUAAAAAAACACACAAGAACACACACUGGUGAGAAACUUUUUUGCUGCGCAGUUUGUGGCCAAAGAUUCUCUGUCAAGAAAAGCUUAAAAAUACAUACAAGAACCCACACUGGUGAGAAACCUUUUUCAUAUCCAGUUUGUGAUGAAAGAUUCACUGAGAAGGGUAAAUUAAAAAUACACACAAGAACACACACUGGUGAGCAACCUUUUACAUGCUCAAUUUGUGGUCAAAGCUUCACUCAGAAUAGAAGUUUAAAAAGACACACAAGGACACACACCGGUGAGAAGCCUUUUUCCUGCUCUGUUUGUUGUCAAAGUUUCUCUCAGAAGGGAAAGUUAGGACUACACACAAGAACACACACUGGUGAGAAGCCUUUUUCCUGCUCUGUUUGUGGUCAAGGUUUCUCUCAGAAGGGAAACUUAGAACUACACACAAGAAUGCACUCUGGUGAGAAACCUUUUUCCUGCUCCAUUUGUGGUCAAAGAUUCGCUGUGAAGGCAAGGUUAAAAAUACACACAAGAACACGCACCGGAGAGAAACCUUUUUUCUGCUCUGUUUGUGGUCAGAGAUUCACUCAAAAGGGAUCUCUAAAAAUACACACAAGAAUGCACACUGGUGAGAAACCUUUUUCCUGCGGCAUUUGUGGUCAAAGAUUCACUCGGAAGGGAACCUUAAAAAUACACACCAGAACCCACACUGGUGACAAACCUUCUUCGUGCUCUCUUUGUGAUCAAAGAUUUUCUUCUAAGUGUCAGGCUGAGAAAGGAAAAGCCAUCAUCACGAAGCUGUAAAAGUAUAAAUUGAAAGAAAUAGAUACAUUUCAUUGACGUCACGCCGACCACCGCCAAUUUGGAUGGCAAGAUCGUGUCUACAUAUCAUGGCUAGGAAGCAAUAAGUGUAAACUAUAAUGUUUUAGCAACGGUUAUCGUUUGAUCUUUUGUCUUGAAAGUCCUUUGACAAACAAACACUGGAACCAGAGGUGAUUGAGGUACUUGUGCUGGUGUGAGGAAUAAAGAAAGAAGCCACAUGUGAAACUUGAGAACAAGUAUCGUGUCGUUAUUGUUCGAAUGAGCUACAGUAUAGUACUUCUCGUAUAUCGCAAAUGUGGUGUGAUUGUGAUUGUGUUGACCUCAGUAGGGCGUGACAAGUCAGGACGAUAAGGAAGUGAGCUCGAGAAGGUGGCGGGUGCAAAAGCCAAAUAAAUAUCACCCACGUGUAAAAGUACAGUUGAAUUCACGUCUAUGUUAUUCAAUAACACGACAGCAACGCUACGGAAGUAUAACUAUGGACUCACGAAAAAAAACAGACUGUGAAAAAAAAAACGACAACCAGGAGGCGUUCUAUGUUCCAACUCAUCCAAUUUAUCGGAUGCGUGGCGGAGAUUGAAGCAACAUGCCGAACACGUUCACAGGAAACAUAGAGCUUAAGAGGAAAAGUGCAGUUUCCUCCUGCUGUGGAUCGGCGAUAAAGGACGUAUAUACUAUAUAAUACUUGGACACUGACCUUUAAUCCGUUCAAAACCCUCCAAAACCAAAAUACUGGCAACACAAAGCAAGAAAUGGCCCAAGCGACAAGGCCAAAGUGUGAAAACUGCUCAGCUGGGUCACUGGGCAACAACGAAUAUUUAUUCAUUAUUAUAUUGAAUAAUAAUAUGAAAAGUGUUCAUUUGUGACAAUUCUUCUAUUUCCCGAGCAUGAUAAAGUCCUUGAAAUCCUUCUUGAGGAUGAUUAGCUAACGAAGAAUCUUUUACUGUCAAUGACCUCAACAAUAAUCAACAUUUAAUAUCUUUUGCCAUUAGAAGUAUUUGUAUGCUCACCUAUUGGUGAUGAUAAGUCCCACACGUCACUUUGUACUUUGUUACAUUUUUUAUGUGCUAAAAUAAAUCUUGACAAUAAUUAC